UGGACACCAGUUGAAUCUUCACAACAUAGCUAAGAGCUUUAGUACUUCAGCUUCUGAAUUUCUAUGUUAUUCGAUCAAUCAACACUUGAUAGUCUUUACGAGUUGAACUAGAGGUGAAUAUGCCAAAAAUUAGGAAGACGACUAAGACCUAUUUAGGUGUUAUCAAUGAUCAGGAAAAAAAACAAAUUGAUGGAGAAGUUGCACGAAUUGAACUAGAGGUGUACUAGCUUCUUAACCAAAUCAAUCUUCUAACUACCAAAAAAAAUAUUUUAUUUUUAAAUAGCUCAUUAUAUGUAAAAAAAAUACUAUUGACAAAUAUGAUGGAUGGUUAUACCUUUCUAGAUAAUAUGAUAUUUUAGUAACAAAAAUAAUUACACAUCCUAUUUAUUCAAUGGAGCUAACAUACUUUGUUUAAGUAUAUGUCAAUGCUACAAUUGUACCAUAAUAAAGUGAAAAGAAUAAUAUGGUUUUUUUCUAACUGUUUUAUGAGACAAAUUUGACGUGGAAGAUUCAUGAUGGAUACAAAUAUUAGAACCUAACUUCACAAGAUCAAAUCAAACAAACAAUAAUGAGAUCAUAUUCUCCCACAAUAACCACGAUUCACCAAUCCCGACCUUUGCGAGUUUCUCCUUUUUCUUUAUUUGUGAAAUUUAUUUUUUCUCCGAGUUUCAAUUAUUUUUAUCUCUUUUACCACUUUCAUUUUCUUAAUCUUUUUCAUCAUUUUCCCUUUUCCCUUUGGUUAAUCGCCAAUGGGAAUUAGGAGGAGAAAAGUGAAAGCUUUUCCAGAAUUCUUCAAAAACCCUUUUCUCCAAUUAAUAUUCUGAUAAUAUUCAUCGUCAUGUAAACAAAAAAUUCAUUUCCUUGACAUAAAACAACCAGUCCCAUUCCCCUUCUCCCCUCACCAUCAUAAUCUGGACAAAACCCUUCAUCAACAUCAUAAAAAGUCAUUAACUUUGAAAUUCCUCAAUCCUAGAAAUAUAUAGAGACAUGGUAAAGGUCUUUUCCUUCACCUUCAACAAAUAAACAAAAAUAAUAGGGCGGCAACGACUUCAUUUGCCUUCUUCUCAGAACCUUUCCAUCAUCAAAUUUCCCCCCGUCCUUUAUCCUCUCCAUCUCUUUGUCUGCUCAUUGCAUUGUUUCUUUCCAUUGAAGGUAUAAAUUUUCACAAUCCUGGCUAUUUUUGCAUUAUUAAUCAUACCUCACUUUGGGUUCAAGUUUCUUGACAUUUAUUUUUGGAGGAAAAAGAAAGACCUUUCCUUUUAUGGGUAUUGAUUUCUUUUACUUUUAAUGGGUUAACCUACUGUGCUUAGAAAAUAUGACAAUGCGUUAGUCAGAGAAAAACAAAAAAAGAACAAUUUUAGUCCUUUAGGGUAGGGUUGGAUUCAAAACCCAAACUUUUCAGGAGUUUUGGGAAUUUUCUGUGUGUUUUUGGAUUGUUUAUAGGAUGGGGGUGGACUCUUUCCAUGGUAAAUGAAGAAAGAUAAAAGAGAGAAUAUUGUAUACUUUUUUGUAUUGGGUUUAGAUGGGGAACAAUUGCGUUCAAGCAAAAGGUGUAGAGGAAGGAGGAGGAGGAAUUUGCAAUCUAAAAUGGUGGUCAAAGUCGGCAGUUGGCAAGAUGAAACCAACCAAGACGCAAAAGAACGUUGAAAAAGAAUCAGGUAGCAAAAAGAACAUUGAAUCUGGCAAUGUUGCUGAUUCUGGAGAGGCUCCUGAUAAGCCUCCUGAGAAAAUGAAGAUGGAGAAGAAGCCAUCUGAGAAUAAAAAGGAGGAAGAAGAGAAAAGAGUAGUAGUAGAGCCCGAGAAGCUUGAGAAACAACCAUCUUCGGCUCCAAAAUCCCCUGAAGAGAAAAAGAAUAAGACUGCAGAAAUGAAGCUACCUCCAGAAAAUGUAGAGAUUGCUAAGCCCCCUGAAGAACCACCAAAGAAAGUUGUUAGGGAAAAGAAGUCUCCAAAUCAAUCCCCACACAAGACGAAGAAAGAGCCCAAGCAGGAUUUUGCUCCAAAGAAAGUUGCUAUAUCACCACCACCACAAGUUGAAGAUGAGGUGCCAAUCCAUCAACCACAACCUCCACCUGAAGUUACCCAGGUAAUACCGGUGGAGCCACAACCACAUCAAUCUCAAGAUCCUCAAGUUCAGUCACACACACAGUCACAGAAGCAACAACCAAAGCCAGUAGAUGUUGAAGCCAAGAAUCCAGGUGGAGAAGUUAUUGUUGCUGGUGGUGGUGGUGGAGGAAAGCCUGCAAAGAAAGCUCACAAUGUUAAAAGAAUGGCAAGUGCAGGGCUUCAAACUGAUUCAGUGUUGAAAACCAAGACAGGGCAUUUGAAAGAAUACUUCAACUUGGGAAGGAAGCUUGGUCAUGGUCAAUUUGGGACAACUUUCUUAUGUGUGGAGAAAGGAACUGGGAAGCAUUAUGCUUGUAAAUCCAUUGCAAAGAGGAAGUUGUUGACCAUGGAUGACGUGGAGGAUGUGAGGAGGGAGAUAGAGAUCAUGCAUCACUUGGCUGGACACCCUAACAUUAUACGAAUCAAGUCCGCUUAUGAAGAUUCUGUAGCAGUUCAUGUGGUGAUGGAGCUUUGUUCUGGUGGUGAGCUUUUUGAUAGAAUCAUUAAGAGAGGGCAUUAUACAGAAAUGAAAGCUGCUGAGAUCACUAGGACAAUAUGUGGUGUGAUAGAGACAUGUCAUUCACUUGGUGUCAUGCAUAGGGAUCUCAAGCCUGAGAAUUUCCUAUUCAUUGAUGAGAAUGAAGAUUCCCCUCUCAAGGCUAUCGAUUUUGGACUAUCGAUGUUCUUCAAGCCUGGGCAGGUUUUCAAUGACGUGGUUGGAAGCCCUUACUAUGUUGCACCAGAAGUUUUGAGGAAAAAGUAUGGUCAUGAAUCUGAUGUUUGGAGCGCUGGGGUUAUGGUCUACAUUCUCUUGAGUGGGGUGCCUCCAUUCUGGGCAGAAACUGAGGAUGAGAUUUUCCAAGAGGUUUUGCACGGGGAGCUGGACUUCACCUCUGAUCCAUGGCCUCAUAUUUCUGAUAGUGCUAAGGAAAUAGUGAGAAAAAUGCUUGUUAGAGAUCCGAAGAAGAGGAUAACCGCCCACGAAGUUCUCUGCCAUCCAUGGGUGAGAGUAGAUGGAGUGGCGCCAAACAAGCCUCUUGAUUCAGCUGUCUUGACACGUUUGAAGCAGUUCUCUGCUAUGAACAAGCUCAAGAAAAUGGCUCUCAGAGUAAUUGCAGAAAAGCUGACUGAAGAAGAGAUCGCAGGAUUGAGAGAGAUGUUCAAAAUGAUCGACACAGAUAACAGUGGUUCCAUUACCUUUGAAGAACUCAAAGUUGCGCUCAAAAUGUUUGGUGCAAACCUUGAUGAGUCUGAAAUUUAUGACCUUAUGCAGGCGGCUGAUAUUGACAACAGCGGGACAAUCGAUUACGCAGAGUUCAUAGCUGCGACACUGCACCUGAACAAAGUAGAGAGGGAAGACCGUUUAUUUGCUGCCUUUGCAUACUUUGACAAGGAUGGGAGUGGCUACAUCACUAAGGAUGAGCUUCAGCAAGCAUGCAAUGAGUUCGGCAUGAAGGCUGUUUCUGUAGAAGAGAUGAUUCGAGAAGUAGAUCAGGAUAAUGAUGGUCGCAUAGAUUACAAUGAGUUCGUGGCAAUGAUGCAAAUGGGUAACCCUGAGAUUGGUGAUAUCAAAAGUUCAAGCAUCAAAUUAUCACUACCCUCAUUGAAGAAUCGCACAAAGUGAAACUUUUGCUGAGUUUGGAUGUGCCUAGACUAGGGGAAGAAAGAAAAUUCUCGUCACGGUUCAAUAAACUUCAAAGAAUGUUUCACCAAUGUGUUUGAUGCAUGAAAAUUCAUGCUAAUUUGGUGGAGAGUUUUUCUCGUAGAGCUCUAUGGUCAUGGAUACCCCUACUAAAAAUUUAUUGAGCUGAACCUCCUAAACCAGGCAAUGACUACAAAGAAAAAAGGAAGGUGACAAUGCAUAGUCUGGGCUGAUCCUUCCACCCCAGUUCAAUGUGACGUUGAAUACUAAUGUCGACCACCAUUCCAGAGGCAUCAACUACAAAUCAAUGAUUUCAAGGACUCGGAAUAGUGAACCACUUGCCUACAUAUUCAAGAUCAUUAAAUGUCAAGUCUAACAAACCUAACCUAAGUAACCUGUUUCUUCGUAUUCAAUUUUGUAUAUUACCAAUGUAAAGCCCUCUAGUUUGGUCCAUGCUUCGUGAUUGUAGCCAGCUGGUUUCUUUGUGUUCUUUUUGUAUAGUUUUAGGGAGAUUUGAGAUUCACAAAUUGGGUUGUCUGUAGAGUGGUGUGUGAAUCUCUAUUGUUGUCUCAUUUAGAGUUAGCCUCCUUUGAUUUUUUUGGCUGGCUGCUCUAGUGGGUUGUUUUGGGUAAGGUUACUGAGAUAUGGUAUGUAAUUUUCUAACUUUUCUCUUGUUGUAUCUGGGACAAAAAUGUAAAAAGUAGACUAAAUAAUUUUAGACACAAAUAAUAGUGCAUUAAAAAACAAUACAUCAGAAAAUCUAUGAGUUGUUAGUCUUGGGAGCUUCUAGUUUUUUUUUCAUAGGUGUCCUCAAAGGGAGAUCGACGAUGUUCUGGCCUUUCUCGGAAAAGAGAUACCGCAAAUGGGUCCCUCUCCAGAAGUGCAUCAAGGCCAGGUGGAAAGCUUUGGUAGCACGUGUAACUUGUCAAAACUUCAUCCAUCCUUACCUUGUCCAUUGAUCGUACUCUAGUUGACUCUUCAACCUCCCGUCCUUCUUCAAUAAGUUAUUCUCCGUCUA